AUGUUUUGGAAAACUUCCACGAAGGUGCACUUGGUGUAUCCUACAAAAACCAAUGAAUGUGCAGUAGAAGUUCGUUUUAAUGUUCCAUUAUUUGGGACAGAGUUUUAAGCCUACGUUUGAAAAACAUACCAGUUUUAGAAGUAUUAUUUUCAGAAUUAGUUUUAUGCAUACAUCUGAGAACAUUAUAAAAUAACAUACCCCAAAUCCAUGUAAAUAAAUAUUUGCAUUUAUAAAUGUAAAGAAUUUAGAAGAAAAAGACGAAAAAGUGAAAUGUUUAAUUCAAGGGUAUCAUAUUCUUCACCGCAAGAUGAUGUUCCUACUGGAAGGGAAGGAAGGGAAGCCCAAUCCUCGGUUCUUCGUGACAAAAUUCCAGCGCGUUUGGUGCUUUAUUUCCUUUCGUGGUCUGGCUUUCUGGUCUCUUUUAUGAUGCGCAAUGAUAUGAAUUUCGCAUUGGUGGCAAUGAUAUCGAACGAUAAUUCAACACAAAACCAAUCCCAUAACAAAUCGCAGCAAAUAUUGGGUACUGGGACGGAUGACCAAAAAACAAUAGUAAAAUCUGUUGUAAUAAGUUCAUUCUAUUGGUGCUACGUGUUGUCGCAGGUGGUUGGAGGGGUUGCCACAGAAUUGUUUGGAACCAAGUGCGUAUUUGGAUGGUCACAGUUAGCAACAGCUCUAUGUAGUUUUAUGAUGCCAUCUGCAGCGCAAUUACAUUACAUAGCUGUUAUUGUGUUGCGGUCUAUUCAGGGAUUUGCUUCUGGUUUGACGUGGCCUGCCAUGUAUGCAAUAGUUGGAUAUUGGAUACCUCUCACGGAACGUUCACGUUUUAUGUCAAGCUUUCAGGGUUUUAGUAUUGGUAUUGGUUUAACGUAUCCGUUAUGUGGAUUUAUUUUAUCAGAAUGGGGUUGGCCAUAUAUAUUUUAUACUACUGGUACUUUAGGGCUUGGAUGGUGUAUACUAUGGUAUUUACUUGCUUUUAAUACACCACGCGAGCACCCUCGUAUUACUAAAGAUGAAUUAAAUUAUAUAGAACUUAACGUCAGAAAAGAAGUAAACAGUAGUGUUAAAGUUAAAGUGCCUUGGCUGCAAAUAUUUAAAUCCAUACCUGCUUGGGCGAUUGCUAUAACAACUUUUGGACGAAUAUUUGUUCAUUAUAUUUUUAUUGUUAAUGGUCCGACAUUUAUGGGAAAUGUUUUAAAAUUUAAUUUUGAAACAAAUGGUUUUCUAUCUGGAGUUCCAUUUAUUUGUUCAUAUAUAUCAUCAGUACUAUUUUGUUAUAUUGCCGACAAAAUUGUAUUGUAUAAGGUUUUAAGUCUUACUAAUGUAAGAAAAUUAUUUACUGCUCUAUCACAAAUUAUUCCUGGGGUGUUAAUAUACUGUAUUGGUUAUAUAGACAAUGUGUACAUUUUGUUAACGGUGUGGUUUAUAGCUGUGAUAUUUAUAACUGCAUCUUAUGCUGGAGCUAUGGCCAAUAUAAUUGACUUAGCGCCAAAUUAUGGUCAUUCCGCAGCUGUUUUAGCAUUUUGCCAAACAAUUCAUAUGUCUGCGUCCUUUAUAUCUCCGCUUACGGCUGGAUUUAUCGUCACCCAAGAGGACUCCAUUGAUCAAUGGCGAAGAGUAUUUGAAGUCUCCGCAAUUAUUUCUAUUCUGACGUAUCUAAUUUAUCAACUUUUCGGGACCGCAGAAAUACAGACAUGGAAUAAAGGACUACCAGUUAAUGAUGAUUCAGAUGAAGGGAAGGUUUUAUCGACAGCAAAGGAUGAUUUCGAUAAUACUGUUGGACCAAUUUAAAGAAAUCGCAGUUAAGAUAAUUAACUGAUAAUACCAAAUUUUA